UAGCUAAAAAUAUUCAAACCAACCUAUAGAUUCAUACCUUGCCUCCCUAACCCACUUCCCCUUUACAUUUUCUGCAUCUCCAUUGCAUCGAAUUCAACGUGAACUCGGUCUAGUGGUCUUAAACUUCCAAGUUACACAUACUGAAUCAGGAGAGUUUCAAGCAUGGACAAGGUGAAAAGGGUGGCAUCAGAGCAUGGUGUAGUGAUAUUCAGUAAGAGCUCAUGUUGUCUUUGCUAUGCUGUCAAAGUUCUCUUCCAAGAACUCGGUGUCGACCCUUGGGUUCAUGACAUUGAUCAGGACCCUGAAGGCAGGGAAAUGGAAAAGGCACUGGUUAGGUUGGGAUGCAGUGCAGCUGUUCCUGCUGUGUUCAUCGGUGGAACGUUUAUAGGAUCAACCAAUGAAGUCAUGUCCCUCCACCUAAGUGGGACUCUCAAUCAACUUCUGAGGCCAUACCAGCAGAAUUUGUCUUGAAAUCUCAAAUCCCACAUACCAAGUUGGAAGAAUAAAAAAUAUUUGGCUCAAGUAUUAGUAAUCUAUAGUGCUUAAAUUGUACUAAUACAGUGUGUCUAGUCAUUGUUGAUCUGUCAAGCUUUUUUCUUAGCUAUAGAAAUGUUAUCUGUUCACCUUUAAGCAAUGAAAUUAGCUUUAUAUGUA